AUGCGAAACGCUAAGGAUCCUACGUCACGUUUAACAAGAUGGCGAUUAAAAUUACAAGAAUAUCAGUUUAAAGUAAUUUAUAAAGCAGGGAAAACAAAUGUAAAUGCUGACGCAUUAUCCCGGAACCCACCGGACAAUUAUAUAGCAUACGAUGAAAUAAGAAGUUCAGACAAGAUUAUCAACUGCGAAGAAGAAGAGGGGGAUGAGGAAACAGACGGAAAAAAAGAAGAGGACAUGAAGAGGGAAAAAGAAGAGGAAGGAGAAGAAAGAGAAGAAGAGAGUCAAGAACAAGAGAGCAGUAAGAAUACAAGUCAAAAUAAGAAACUACCAAACAUUAUGAGGCAACCAUUGGGAACAGGUCAUUUACCUGACCCUGACCAGCGCAAUAGAGAUAAAUCGACAUCUAGCAACCACCAAAAGGAGAAGGAUAACAAAUCUAAGCAUAUGCAACUACUCCACUGGGACGACGAGUCAACCGACGAGGAUUCCGAAGAUGUUCAACCUAAGAAUUUCAAAAGGACCGCAGGCGUAAGAAAGAAGCAGGACAUAAGCGAAAAUGAGGAAGAAUAUGAAAAGGGAGAACCUUAUGACGAGGGUUCGCUCCGAUUACAAGAAAGAGACCUGCUACCAAGAUUCAACAACUUACAAGCCAAAAGUAUUGCAUUAUUACGAGUUGGACUAGAUACCAAAUUGAUUGUAUGCCUGGGAGAGGUAGACUACGACCAACGGAACGAGAGGAAACAUGUCAUAUCCGAAGCCCAUGCCUCCGCUGUCGGUGGACAUAAAGGGGUAACAAAAACUUAUAACAGAAUCCGUCUGCGAUACUACUGGGAAGACAUGAAGGUAGAUAUACAAAAAUUUAUAAGUAACUGCCUUUCUUGUCAAUUAUCAAAAUUAAAAAGAUGCAAAACGAAGCAACCAAUGCAAAUAACUGACACAUCCGAUGCUGCAUUGGACAUUGUGGGGCCAUUGACUAGAACAAGAAAUGGUAAUAUAUACAUUUUAACAGUACAGGAUUUAUUAACUAAAUUAGUUGUAGCAAUACCACUUAGGAAAACUACAUCAGCGGAGAUUGCCAGGGCCUUCACCAAGCGAGUAAUAUGCGUGUAUGGCCCACCCAAAUCAAUACUGACUGACCAAGGGGCUAAUCUCACCAGUCAAUUGAUGCGUGAUUUUGCGAAAAUAUAUCGAAUCAAAAGGUACCGAACUAUGGCAUUCUAUCCACAAUCAAACGGUUCAUUGGAGAGAUCCCACCACUCUCUGAUUGAAUAUUUGAAGCAGUUCGCAAAUGAAGAAGAAGAAUGGGAUAAGUGGUUGGAACUAGCCACCUUCUCAUAUAACACUAGUACUCAUGAGGGAACGCGUUUCAACCGUUCCAACUGGUUUAUGGGCAACCCGCUUGACUGCCAUCAAGUAAACUGGAAGAAGAUCAACCUCCCACAUAUGAGGACUUCCUCGCGGAUCUAA